UUCACUGAAGUACCUUCAGCCCUCUCUCUGGCAUCAUGUCCUUCAACUGCUCCACAAGAAAUUGCUCUUCCAGGCCGGUCGGAGGAAGGUACACUGUCCCCGUGGCCCCAGCUGCCAUGUCUUCAACCCUUGAAGGCGACUGCCUGAGUAGCAUCUAUUUGCCCAGCUCCUUCCAAACUGGCUCUUGGCUCCUGGACCACUGUCAGGAGUCCAACUGCGAGCCUACUGUCUGCCAGCCUACUUGUUUCCAGCGAACUUCUUGCAUCUCCAGCCCUGCGCAGGUAACUUGCUCGCGACAAACUACCUGUGUCUCCAAUCCCUGCUCAACUGCCAGCAGCCGGCCAUUCAGCUUUGUCUCAAGUGGCUGUCAGCCCGUGGGAGGCAUCUCCAGUGUCUGCCAACCAGUGGGCAGCAUCUCGACUGUCUGCCAACCAGUGGGAGGAGUCUCUUCUGUCUGCCAACCAGCCUGUGGGUACUCCCGGACGUACCAGCAGUCUUCCUGUGUGUCCAGCUGCCGAAGAACUUGCUAAGUGUGUAGGAGCCAGUGAGUCAA